AUGGUUCUACCACGGGGCACCAGAGGUGGCUACCAUUCGCGAGGAGCAAGUUCCCGGGGUGGCAUACGCAGUUCGUACCACAGCGGCAGCUAUCAUGGUUCGAACCAUAACAGCAACUAUGACAACCGGAACGAUUCCAGAAACAAUCGCUACAGCGGUGGCGGUGGCGGCAGAGGAGGUAGCGGCGGUAGCGGAGGUGGGUACGACUCGCGAAACUCAUCCCGUUACGAUGGUGACUCGCGGUAUUCGCGGCACGAUAACCGAAACGACAGCUACAAGCGAACCAACACGUCCAAGUACGAGGACAACCGCGACCGUCGUUCGCCGGACAGGAAGCGUCCUCGGAACGAUCACACCUCACAGGGUGGAGGAAGUUCGCGGCGAGAUUAUGGCAGUGGCAGUUCCGGUGGGCGCGGUGGAUCUUCGUCGAGCCGCUAUCACGAUUCCGGUUCGUCGUACGACAAGCGCGGAAGCUCCAACGACCAUCACUCGACAUCGUCGGGUGGUGGCGGCGGCGGCGUCGGCGGCAACGACACUGGCUCCAGUCGGAACAAGUUCGAUCACCAUCAUCGCAGCAGCAGCAGCAACCGAAGCCACGGUGGAAUGGGAGGCGAUUCGGGUAGUUCUUACAGGUCACGGGACAACAACAACACGAGCAGCAUGGGACCGCCCCGUUCGGUGAUCAUGCGCAGCAGCAGCAACAACGGCAGCCGGUCGAUGAUGCGCCCGCCGAUGAGCGGCAGUCGGCCGCUCAUUGGCGGCGGCGGAUCGCUUAGCGGAAUGCACCGACGCGGCACUACGAUGCGCGGUCGAAUCUCCAACUAUCGGUCCGAUGGGCGGCGCGGUAUGCUCAAUACGCGCAUGUUACACCAUCGGCGGCCAGAUAUGAGGCCGCCCCUUUCGCUCCACAAUCGACGCUACCCGUCGAUCCGGGGUCGUGGGGAGCUUCGCAGCCGUAUCUCGAGCAGCGGCAUUGGCACGAAGCGUCCAAUGGACAAUGUGUCCCGCAAGACGCUUAUCAAGAGGGCACUGCAGGCCGCCAAAGAUCUCGAUGACGAUCGUCUGUCCGAUAACGAGGAUGACGACGACGUGGAAGACGAGGACGCUGUGGACGACGAGGAGGACGAGGACCUGGAGGAUGAGCCAACUCCGAAGAAGCCGAAAAAGGCUUCGUUGCCGCGAUCGAUAAAGGAGGAGGAAGAUAAAUCGGACCAAACUAGACCGGAUCAUGAUGACGAUCUGCUGCCAGACGUGAAGAAAAAGGAAAUCAAAAAAGAGGAAAAAGAUGCCGAUUCCUCGAUAGGAACUGCGGCUGGCGAUGAGGACGACUCCAAGAAGCAAGCUGUCGCAAAAGCGGUGGUCAAGAAAAAGAUCUCGACCGGAAGUGAGAAAUCUUCUGACGAUCGCAAGUCCGUGGUGGACGAUGAUGGUGAAAAGCGGCCAUCGACCAAGAUCACCACAAAGUAUCGAUCGUCGUCCUUCAUUAAGCUGACCUGCACUCACUGCAACAUGAAGUGUGUAACGUUCAAGGAGUAUCAAGCUCAUCUCUACGGACGGCAGCACAAGCUGAAAAUGCGUCAGCUUUCACAAAAGUGUCGAGAGCGGCUUCUGGAAAUGCGUGCCGCCCAGCGCAACGCGCAAAAGGACGUGGACGAGAAGUCGGAAGACGGUGCGGACGGAGAGGACGGCAAAUCGCAGCGGGCCGCAUUCUGUAUGCUGUGCCGCUUGAACUACCGCCAGCCACGGGCCACCCAUCAGCAGUCCGAAGGGCACAAGGAAAUGAAAAAGUUUCUGAUGCCGUACUGUAGCGUGUGCAAGAUCGGAUUCAAGAGCCCGAUGGCGUACGAAAUGCACCGUGCCUCGCUCGACCACCUCAAGAUAAAGGCUCGCGUCGAGCGGUACGCUUCGACGACGAAGGACGAUUCCGGUGACGAAACGCCGCUCGACUUGGGUGAGCUGGUCGAUCUGGAGAAUCUGACCACGGUGGACGAGGUGGGUAAGGUGGACGAACUGUGUGACGCCGGAACAAAGGACGACGGCUCGGGCUCGGCGAGCAAGAAACACAGGCGUGACAUCGAUACACUGCUCGGUACGGAUGAGGAAGACGACGACGAGGACGACGAGGACGACGAUGAUGAGCUGCAGAUGAUCAUCGGCGAAGAGCACGUCAAAAAGGUGGAAGUGCAAUACUGCGAACUGUGCAACAUCUAUCUCCCGCGUCGUAUCGAAAGCCAGGACAAAGCGCUGCGCGAUCACUGCAAGAAGCGAUCGCAUCUGAAGCUCUACAUUCGCUUCCGGAACGACAAAAAGCUCCGGGAGCAAGCGGAACGUAUCCACAAGAAGAAACUGAAGGGCGAUAAGGAAGCGGCCAGCGCCAAAAAAGAUGACGAGAAAAAGAGUACCGAUGUGAACUCGGACAGCGCGAAGGCAACAACAUCCUCCGCCGGUACCGUUGCUAGUGCGGCCACGGAAAAGAAGCCCGUUGUCACAGAAACAACGGCCAAGGACACUUCAACGGCGUCGGGGGGUAGUGCGGCCAACACCACCGUAUCUCACAGCUCGUCGAAUGUCACCUUGGCCGAAGUCAAGAACGCGGACGUAAAGGCGUCCACUAGCGAAACGGCUGGGUUGGUCAACGUCGAGUCCGGUCUCUUGCCAGAAGAUGCAAAUGACGACCAGCUGUGGCAAGUGGACGACGAGCUGGGCGAUUUACUGCGCGGCGUGAAUGAGGUCGACGAAGAGGAUGACGAGAAGGAGGCAAUGCUUGACCGGUACGAUAAGUUCCGACACACCGAAAAGAACGGUCUCGAGAAGGACGAUGACGGAAACGCAGCGGACAGCAAGACGGGCGUUAAAAGUGCGGCGAGUGCCACAAACGGAGCAGCAGUCGGUGGUGGUGAUGCAGCGAACGGCGAUCCCAUCAAGGAGUCGAUUAAGGUUGAGGUUUAGAUUUGACCGGCAUUGGCAUGGGCCAGCAGCAGCAGUUUGGUCAUGCGUCGUAUGUGUAUCACUAAAACAUAGCUCUAGCGUAUUCAGAAUGUAGGUGAACUCCGAAAAACCCAACUUAAUUGCACACAAUUCCUGUCAGACCAUUUAUCGUUUUACAUCACCGACCACAUACAGCUUGGGAGGAAACUGACCGUCGGUUUACACCGGAGUUCUCCGAGUGACACAGUUUUAGGCGUACAACGAGCGUAUUUCGGAAUUAUUUCCAACGCAACCUUGCGUUGAUUUGGUUUGUCUGAGUCUAACCAAGCGUAGAAAAUAGAAACAAGUUCAGCAUAAUAACCCAACUAAUUUUACGUAAUAACUACGA